UUCCUCUUCUACUCGAUGGCUGCGAAGGUUUUGACGGAAUGCAAUUGACAGGGCUCGAUCCAAGCAAAGGCAGAGUCCCUCACAAUGCUACGCUCCUCGAUGCAACCUCGAAAGAGCACGCACGUCACGUACGACAUGCUGCCCUGCAGAAGUUCUAGACUUUGCGUGGCUUCCGAACCUCAAUUUAAUACGGCAAGGGUAAGAAAUAUUCUCUUAUUUGUCUGGACGGUGGUUCCCUACUGUCUUUCGUUACUCUCGGCACCUCCACGUUGGCGCCACGUGGGAGUCAACUGCCGUAUUCUGUCUCUACUUUUCUUCCGUUGCAGCGGUGUGUGGCCUGUCGACGGCAAAAGGUAGCAAAUUACGCGAUCAUCAGAUCAUAUUACUCGCGCACUAUCAGAUGAUAGUCUCGCCCAGACAGAGAGACUUUCUGGGAAUUCGUGACUAUAGGAAAUCGAUCGAACCGGAUGAGGCACUCCGACG